AUGCCAAAACUUAGGCACCGAAAUUCUCAACUACGCACUGCAUUAAGAACAAGGUGGUCAAAUGAAAAUGUAUCUGAAGCACGUGAGGAAUCAAGCGAUAAUGAUUAUAUGGACACGGCUGAAAUAGAUUUUAGUGAUGGAAUAAUUGCAGAUAUAAGUGAUUUAGUUGAAAUGAUUAAGCGAAACUCGGGUUUGAAAAAUUUAAGUGUAAUAUUGUAUAUGACAUUGAGACAUUUCAAGGUUAAAUGCGAAAAUAUUGAUACAUUUCUAAAAGAUAUUGGAUUAAUGACAUGUAAAACGUCUCAUAAAUGGGCUCAAAUAUUUGUAAAGGGUGGUUAUGAGGAGUAUAUAACAGAAAAUCGUGGUGGAAAACAGGCAGACUCGUUUUUUGAUUCAUUCCCGGAGAUUGAAGUUGAAGCAAAAAUGUUUGUACUUGAACAGUGUUCAAAGAAAUCAGCUGCUUUUAAAACAUCUGAUUUAGUCAAAUUCAUUGAUGAUAAAUAUUACGAAACUAUCGAAAGUGUUAAACAACUUGUUGAACCAGUUCGAUCAGAGAGUAGCUGCAGAUUGGAUCUUAGAAGAUGGGGAGCAAAGUUUGUACCGAAUUCACAACGACCUUACUUCGAAGGACACGAACGAGCUGAUGUAGUCAAAUACAGAGAAGAAUUUAUUUCAUAUUUCUUAUCACGAAAGAAUAAUUAUUAUACUCUGACAGAUGAUGAACAACCGAUGUGGAAUAUUCCAACUAAAAAUCCACCUACAAUAUUGUUAUGUCACGACGAAUCUACAUUUCGUAGCGGAGAAGUUUCUCCGAAAAGAUGGAUUUUUGAUGAAAAAAGACCUUUUUUCAGCAAAGGUCAUGGUCGUUCUCUCAUGAUCAGUGAUUUUAUUGUCUUACAUCCAUCCGGUCCGUUUUUUCAAUUGAAUGAUAAUGAAUAUAAAAAAGCAAUUAAAAAAUACAAAAACUUAUUGGACGAUACUGACGUUAAUUACGCUGAACGAUCAGCAACAGCUAGUGUAAACGUCGGAGUAGAUGGAUAUUUUGAUAAUGACACAAUACUGGCUCAGUUUGAGAGAUUAUUUCAAUUGAUGGAAUUUAAAGAUGAUUAUCGAAACCAUGUUAUUGAAGUUUUGGUAGAUAAUGCCAGAACUCAUACUUCUAAACAAUAUAGUUUAUUUGAUUUUGGGAAAGGCAUUUAUACACGAUGUCCAGUUGAUAAAAUUCAAUUUAUAGAUGAGAACGGUGCAACAAAAAGCAUCGAUUGUUAUUUUGAGUGUGGUCCAAAUAAAAAUAAAAGUAAAGGAUUAGUUGAAAUAUGUAAAGAAUUAGAUAUUAAAUUACAUGAUAAAUGUAAACUGCAUGAAAUACGAGACAUACUUUCAAAGCAUCGUGCAUUUCAAAAUGUAUCUAAAUUGGAACAACUUGCCAACAAAUAUAAAAUUAAAAUAAUUUUUUCACCUAAAUAUCAUUGUGAAUGUAAUCCAAUUGAAGGUUUGUGGUGCAACAUGAAAUUAUUUGUUAGACAACGUAGUGAUCAAACAUUUGAUAAAAUGAUUCGAUUAAUAUCUGAUGCACGAGCACAUUUCGUUGAUAAAAAGAUAGCAUUAAAAUUAUUUAGACGAUUUUGGCGUACGCUUGAAGCUUAUGCACAAGGACAAACAUAUACUGAGGUGCUUCAACUAUAUUUUAGUCAGUUAUGUAGAGGAACAGUCAAAUAUCAUCGAAAAAUCACUAAUGCAAAUCUUGAUGCAUGA